AAAAUCUUCUCAAUUAAUUACUUAUUUACAUUUCGCAGCCCAUGCUGCAAGACCUAAAGUAUUGGAUUUGACAAAAAGUGAGGAAAAAAUGGCACUGCAGGUGCAAAUAUUAAUUUUAUUGCUAAGUACUUCUUUUGUGCAGGGUUUAAAUGGGAUAGAAAGAAAGACUCCAGCGGUUGACUCAGAUUUAUACGAGAGUGUUAUAGAUGCAGCCGAGUGUCGACGUCAAAUAAGGACUAUAAGAAGAAAUUCCAUGUUAAUGCUUCAAUUUGCUGACGCUGGUAUAAGGAUGCCAAGAGGUGUUUUAAUUGGAAAUUCGGUAGAUAUGGGCAACUACUACCAAUGUUUGGGCAUUGAUCAUCAACUACCAGACAUGCAUAUCGAAGGCAAAUACUGUUCAAUUAUGGUGCCAGUCAAUCAGACACUACAUCUUCCUCGUCCGCAAGGAACAACAAGCUCACAAUUUGACCCAUACUCUCUACAAAUUGACAAUGAAACUAUGAAUUUGAUAGAACAAUAUUAUAAAACUCGAAGUGAAUUACAAAUCUUGAGUGGAAACUUUGAAGACUUUGAGGUUGAUACUAGGACGACUCCCCCAAACCCGCUUAUCUGGAUGACGUUCAGAUUAGCAGUGUGUAUACCCAAGCCGUGCACGACUCAGCAAGCAAUAUCUUCAUUGCUUUUCAAUGUCUCAGCUAUAGGAUUCCGAUACACAGAGCAUUAUUGUCGCCUUCCUAAUGACAAACCCUGGUCCCCAGCUGAUACAGCUGCCGUAGUAAUAUUUUCCGUAAUAGGAUUUGUAGCUAUAAUAAGUACAAGUUACGAUGUUUGCUAUCGUUUUCUCCUGAAGAGAGAUGUCAAGCAAAUGAGUACAAUCUGUCGAUCAUUUUCUUUUUACACGAACGGACAAAGACUGACCACAUUUAGUUCCAGUGGUGGUAACUUACAAUGUAUCGAUGGGAUCAGAACUCUCGCCAUGUUGUGGGUCAUUGUAGGACACACAUUCAGUACAGAAACGUUUUUAGCAAACCCUGCUGACUCGCAAAGCUGGAUGUUUUCCGCUGAAGCUUUAUGGAUAACUGCGGCUACUAUGACAGUAGAUACAUUCUUCACUGUAACAGGCGUGCUUUUAGUAUACACAACAGCAGCAAAAAUGAAUCAAAUCACAUUUCUGAAGAAUCUCCACUGGUUCUACUUGAGCCGCUAUGUACGCGUGACCCCAUUGCUAGCUGCAAUUGUACUUAUUCAAGCUUCAUUCCUUAAUCAGUUUUACGAUGGACCUCAUUGGACAACCGUUAUCACACAUACUCAGAGAUGUAGAAAUAAUUGGUGGUCAACCCUACUUCAUGUUCAAAAUUUCGUCCACACAAGAAAUAUGUGUAUAGCACAUUCCUGGUACAUGGCAAUAGACUUCCAGUUAUACAUCCUGUCACCUUUAGUCCUGAUCUGGGUAUUCAGUGGAAAGAAACUUCAAGCUUGGAUAGGGUUAAUUGGUGGCCUAGUAGCUGUGUUGAUUGGGUCUACAAUUUACAGUUUCAACAUAAAUCGACAAGCUGGAAAUCUUGUGCCGAGCCGUUUCUCAGAAAUGAUGGACUAUUUAGCUGAAUAUUACUUCAAUACUCUGGCACGAGCUUCUCCUUUCUUCGUGGGGAUGGUCUUUGGUUACGUUCUACACCUCUAUCGUAAGAGCAAGUUACAAAUACCAUGGUUCCUCGCCAUUUUCUUUUGGGCCUGCUCUGCUGGUAUACUAGGAGGUAUCUUCUACUUCAAGUACAGAAUCAAACAGUUUGACUGGGAAAAUCAACUAGUGGAUAACUUAAUGAACUCUUUCAUGAGACCUGUUUACGCUGUUGCCAUCUGUUGGUUAAUUAUUGCUUGUGUUCAUGGAUAUUCUGGUCCUAUAAAUUGGUUCCUAUCACUCGAUGAAUGGCGACUACCAGCGCGCUUGUCCUACGCGAUGUACUUAUUCCACUACCCUCUCAUGUUUACUUUAAACAACACAGCAGUGGCUCCAUUUUACUUUUCUGUCGGAAACCUUGUAUUCAAGUUUUUGUCGUAUACGGUGCUAUCAGCUUUCGUAUCUUUCUUCUUCAUUCUACUGAUCGACUCUCCUGUAACAGUUCUUUUCAAAUUAUUAAUGGAUUCAGUAAACAAACCGCCUGUGAAAGUUAAAGAAGACAAAGAUGAGAACGUGAAUAUUGAAAAUAAUGGUACAUCAAAAGCAAAUGAAGGAUUAGAAAAAGCUGGUCCUGACGUAAUCACAGUUGAAAUUAAUGGUGACAACGGCGCUCGGAUUCGUAAGAAUGUACCGACGGAUUCAUAGUACAUAUAUUUAUGGAACUAUUAGCAAUCUCUUAAUAGUAAUUUAUUUAGUGUGGAAAACCUGUAAUAUCAGAGUCAGUACCUACUUUUAACCUUUCACUGUGCAAGUAAAAGUACGAUUUUGAACAUGUCCAAAAUAGAAUAAAUUUAUUUUUAAUAUUUAUUUAGAUAUUUAGGUAUAGACUUUAGGACAACUAGAUUAGUGCCUAGGAUUAAUCUUAAAUACUCGUUAUAAUUAUUUUGAAAUUAUCAUGUUCAUAAAUAUAAUCACUUCAAAAUAAUUAUAAUAUUUACGAAAUGCGAAUCUGUAAAUAUGUUUUUAUUGUUGAUUGUACAUUAUUUAUUAUUGAUGACUUAGAUAAUAAUAAUAAAUCUAAAACACUUGACUACACAGAUAAUUUUGUUUUCAUUAAAAACUAAAAUUUGAUUAUUAUCUUGUAAAGAUAUUAAAUAUUUUACAUCCGAUUAUUUAAUAUCUACUUGGUAUUAACAUUGAAAAAAGAUAAUAUAAGAUAUAAAGAAAUAUUUAUUAUGAUAUACUAAAUACACAGUACUGACCUAUUAGGUUAAAUACAUUUUUAUUUCCAUGACAUUUAUACGAAUGUAAUACUUACCUUGAAAUGGGAAAUUCUUGUACAUAUUUGUAUAUACAUAUCUACAUGGUAUACAUACAUAUAUCAAAGUCUCGAAAACGGCUUAAAUGAUUUGAUAUAACUUUAUUGUUUUUGUAGUAUUAAUUUUACUACUUUUAGAGUUUCUUAGCCAACUAUUUAUUUAUAUUUAUAUAGGUUUGAUUUAAAAAAGAUACCGAGGUAAUAUCAGCCAUUCAAGUGUUUUUGUAUUAUGUAUUAUAUCAAGGAAAAAUAAACAAAUUAUUUGUGAGUAUUUUGAUUAGAUUUUCUUUCAUCUUGCCUCAUAAAUGAUACGUUUUUUAAUUUGUUUUUUGAGAUAAAAGCUGAACAAUGCUCUCUUUUUUGUGUUGAUUUAUUUAACAUUGUUAGUAUAUAUAACGUAUUGUUAGUAUAUAUACCAUUGUUAGUAUAUAUAAUCUGAUCCAAUAGACAAACUGUGUAUACAGUUUUGUUGGACAUUUUAUACUUUUUAUAAUGUAAAAUGUACCUUCUAAGCAAUAAUAAAUAAACAAAUAAUAAAAUAACGAUCGAUCUACAUAACAUAUAGGAAUAAUGACAGAUAUUUUAAAUCCUUUUCUGGAUAGUAAAAACAAAAUAUCAAAACGCCAGGACAAUAAUAUUUUAAACAAAAUUUUACGAAACUAACCUUCUAUAUGGCUUCAAUGAAAACGAAUUCUAUAAAGGACGCCUUUUUUGUGAGGGGAAAGCUGCUGUAGGUUCGCGUUUCCUCCCGCCGGAUCUGAAACUGCCGUGCCCGGUAAGCACCUGCGGCAGCCAAAGGUAAGGACGCCAUGGCAUCUCUCAAGCCACUCCUCAAAUAGGGGUCUUACCACUGCUACAAUAACAGCAUGCCCGUAAAAAGACGCUUAUAGUUAUCAAAUGGAUUAUUGUUCCAGCUGGUG